UCCCAACAACCUGUUUGAGAUCAUGUCUAAGGAGCCGGUGAAAUGAGAGAGGAACCUUCACAACAGAGUGCAGAACUCUGAUUAUGAGAACGCCAAUAGCUCAGCAGAUGUGGAUGUGGAGCUGAUGGCCUUUCAGUCAAUUAUAGGGGAUGAUUAUAAAGAUGGAAACAGUGCUAAUGCGAUGGAGAGCUGGGGUGAUGGCAGCCGCUGCCUGAAACUGAAGGGUCAGAUGAGAUUCAUGCCAGAGUGGGAAUCCAUCAUCUUCCUGGGCACUCCAGUCAUGGAGAGUUUAAGUGCCAUGUUUAAGACAGGUCUGUACAUCAAUGACCUGAGCAUGCAUGACUCGAGCAGAGAUCUGGUGCUGGCAGGAACUCAGCAGUCUGAAGAGCUCAAGAGGGCCCUCAUACAGGAACAAAAGAAAUCCAGUAAACUGGAGGAAAGCAUGAAAAUGUUGGACUACGAGAUGAAAAAGACGGAUGAUCUUCUGUACAGAAUGAUUCCCAAGCCUGUUGCUAAGCGACUGCGGAAGGGGGAACCAGCUGUGAACACCUGUGAGGUGUUUCCUGAUGUGAACAUCCUGUUCAGUGAUGUGGUGGGCUUCACUCGUAUCUGCAGUCACAUCACACCCAUGCAGGUGGUCCCUAUGCUCAACACCAUGUACACGCUCUUCGACACGCUCAGUGAGAAACACAGAGUGUUUAAGGUUGAAACUAUAGGUGAUGCCUACAUGGUGGUGGCAGGCGCUCCAGAAAAGACCAAGUUUCACGCUCAUAAUAUUUGUGACAUGGCUCUAGAUAUGGUUCGUUCUAUAGAUCAUCUCAAAGACCCGUCCAAUGGAAACAACAUCCAGAUACGCGUGGUUUGA